AUGAGGGAAAUCAUCUCGUUGCACGUAGGGCAGGCCGGCGUGCAGGUCGGCAACGCUUGUUGGGAGCUGUACUGUCUCGAACACGGCAUCCACAGCGACGGCACCCUGCUCCCAGGGCGUACGGAGUCCGGCCUCGGCACCUUCUUCAACGAGACCAGCUCUGGCAAGUAUGUGCCGCGUGCGCUGCACUUCGACUUAGAGCCAUCGGUGAUCGACCAGAUCAGAAACGGACCGAUGGCCCAGCUCUACCACCCCGACCAGCUGCUGAACGCCUACGAGGACGCCGCGAGCAACUACGCUCGCGGCCACUACACGGUUGGCAAAGAGAACAUCGAGAUGGUAAGCGAGCGCGUCCGUAAGCUCACUGAGCAGUGCGAUGGCCUUCAGGGCUUCUUCCUGUUCCAUUCCGUUGGCGGCGGUACCGGUUCUGGCUUCGGCUCGCUUCUGCUCGAGCGGCUCUCCUUCGACUUCCCCAAAAAGAGCAAGCUCGACUUCUGCGUGUUUCCGUCGCCUCAGGCCAGCACCAGCGUCGUUGAACCCUACAACGCCAUGUUCUCGACCCGUUUUCUUCUCGAGCACGCCAACAUGGCCUUCAUGUUCGACAAUGAGGCCCUCUAUGACAUCUGCAAGACCAAGCUCAAUGUAGAGCGCCCGACGUACAGCAACCUGAACAGGUUGAUCGCGCAGGUCGGCUUGAUUCCCUUCCCGCGUAUCCACCUCCUGCUAUGCUCGUAUGCACCAAUCGUUGGCGCCGCCAAUGUGGACCGCGAGAGGCUCACGGUCGAGGAGCUCACCAGCGCAGCUUUCGAUCCCUCUUCCAUAAUGGCGAAAUGUGACCCGCGUAAUGGGGCUUCAUCUUCAGGCAAAUACAUGGCCGUGUGCAUGAUGUACCGUGGCGACAUAGUGGCCAAGGACGUUCACGCCUCCGUUGCUAAGAUCAAGACCUCCAAGACCGUCCAGUUCGUGGACUGGUGCCCGACGAGCCCCAAGUGCGGCGUCAACAAGGAGCCGCCCGCGGCGGUGCCCGGAGGCGACCUUGCCCAGGUGCCCCGCGCGUGCUGCAUGGUGUCCAACACCACCGCGAUCGUCGAAGUGUUCUCCCGCGUGUACCGCCAGUACCGCCUCAUGUUGGCCAAGCGGGCCUUCGUCCACUGGUACGUGGGCGAGGGCAUUGACGAAGGCGAGUUCACCGAGGCCUGCGAGAUCAUCACCACCCUCGCGAGCGACUACCAGGAGCUGAGCAACGCCGCCAGUUUCGAGUUCUGA